AUGCCGAAGGGCGCCAAGAAGCGCGCCAAGCUCAAGAAGAAGAAGCAGCAGCAGGGCCACCCCGACGAUGGCGGCAACACCAACGCCAGCAACGGCAGCGGUAACGGCAGUGAUGACAACAACAACGCCUCGAGCGGCCGCGACGGCGACCACCACCACCUGCGGAUCCCACCCAAAGUUUCUCGCGUGGAUGUGAGCGAGGACUCCAUGGAGAGCUCCGAGGAGAUGGUGACCCCCCGGGCCGCCGCGUCGGAGCCGGACGAGGAGGAGAGGAAGGCCACCGCGGCUGAGGUGACCGUGGAGCGCGCCGUCGAGGCGGACGUCGCCGGGUCUGGGGAGGUCAUGGUGGACGCGUUUCCGCCGGAAACCGCUGGGCAGGAACGUGAGGGCAAGGUGGAUGAGGCAGAGGUGGAGGUGCACGCCGUGGUGGCGCAGGAACCAGAGGUAAAGGAUGUGUUGGUGGCCGAGGAAUCCGUGGUGCAGGAGCCAGUGGCUGAUGCACCAGCGGUGGAUGCUUCGGAGGUGAAGAAGGAGGUGGCCAAGGUGCAUCCGGUGCUUGAAUCUGAGCCGAAGGUUGAUGAAGUGGUGGUGGUCGAGGAGACGCCUGUAGCGCCUGAGGUACAGGAACCAGAGGUGAACGGCACCGGUGCCACUGUUGUGUUGAAGGAACCAGAGCCGAAUAGCGGCAAUGUGGUGGUCAAGGACUCUGCUGAGGUGUCGCGAUCUCAGGAGGCUGUUGAUGUGCAUACUACAGAGGUGGCUCGCGGACCUGCAGUGGCAGCUUCAGGGCAGCGAGCAACAUGGUGGAAUUGCUGUGGCCUUUUUGAUGCCUUUACUGGUUCAGGGAGAUAG